AUGAGAGUAUUAAAAUUGUAUGCCUGGGAAGAAUCUAUGGAACAAUUGAUUGCUAAACUUCGUAAAAGAGAAUUGUAUGUGUUACGUCAAGUAUUUUUGAUGGAUGCUGGAAUUAAUGUUUCAUUUCAACUUGCACCGCUUGUUGCUACUCUCAUCAGUUUCUAUGGCUAUACAGUUAUUCAAGGAAAUCCUUUACGUCCAGAUGUUGCAUUCGUUUCUCUUUUAUUUUUUGGAAUGUUGCGUAUCUCAAUUUAUAUGCUUCCACGACUUUUAACUGAUUCAAUUAAGGCCUGGGUGAGUUCCAGACGUUUGGUUGAAUUUUUAAACGCUGAAGAGAUGCAGCCAAGCCAUAUUUUAAGAGAAGCUCAUGAUCCAGCACUCCCAAUUGUUUCUCUUCGUGACUGCUCAUUUAGCUGGACUGGCGUAAAUGUCCCAGAUCCAAAUUUACAACUAAAAAAUAUUUCCUUGGAGAUUCAGCCUGGAGAACUGAUUGGAGUUGUUGGCCGUGUUGGAUCAGGAAAAUCUUCUCUUCUUUCUGCAAUCCUUGGAGAAAUGGAGCGAAUGGAAGAUAAAGGAGAGGCAAUUGUUAGAGCGAAAUCUAUUGGUUAUGUACCUCAACAACCUUGGAUUCAAAACAAGACACUUCGUAGCAAUGUUCUUUUUGAUUCACCAUUUAAUGAGAGCAAAUAUACAUCUGUGAUUAAUGCUUGUUCGAUGGGCGAAGACUUAAAAUUAUUGCAGGCUGGUGACUUUACUGAAAUUGGAGAAAAGGGGAUAAAUUUAUCUGGCGGCCAAAAAGCACGUGUUGCCUUGGCUCGCGCUGUCUAUAUGGAUGCAGAACUAUAUGUUUUGGAUGAUACACUUUCUGCUGUUGAUGCACACGUUGGGGCAGCUAUUUUUGCGAAUGUGAUUGGGGAAAAAGGACUUCUUGCAAAUAAAACUCGUUUAUGGGCGCUAAAUUCGUUGGCUUUCCUUCAAUAUUGUACACGGAUCGUUGUCAUGGAUAAGGGAGAAAUAUAUGAUGUUGGUACAUUAAGGCAGUUAUCUGAACAAAAAGAAGGGCCUUUUGCUGAUUUAAUAAGGGAAUUUAUGGAGAAAAAAUUAGAGAGUCAGAGAAGCAAAAAGUCGAGCACAUUGGAAGUGACUCUUGAUGAUGAAGAAGAUUCGGAAUUAAGUGAAGUCCUUGGGCAGUUAUCUGGAUCUCCCCUAAGUGAGUCGUUGCUUGAACGUCGUAGAAUUCUCGAGCAACAAUUAGCGAGUUCUGAAAAUCAACAGCCGAAAGAGAUGGUGAAGGCGGAAGAAUCUAAAGCAAAACCUUCAGAAACACGGGUGUCACAUCAAUCUUCUCAUCAAUCGAUGCAUCAACAGGGAGGUGUAUCAGAUAUUAGUGACAACGCAUAUGUUGGAGAUAGACCAGAAUGGACAGAAGUUAUUGGUCGAUUAACAAAAGAGGAAGAAUUGGCAACUGGAAUUGUCUCUCGUCGUGUAUAUCUUGUCUAUUGUCGUUCAUUUGGAAUUUUCUUGGCAAUUAUUUAUUUUUUCUUCACAUUUUUUGGUGUCAGCACUUCCGAGGCUUUAUCUAGUGUUUGGUUAGCAAAAUGGUCAUCUGCCGCUAUCAACAAUACUGCUGAUUCAUUGAAUCAUUUGUUUAUUUAUGGAGGCUUUAAUUUAAUCUCUAUUAUCAGUUCCGCAAUUUGUAGCAUCGUAGUAGCAGUUGGUGCCUAUAAUGCAAGUACAUAUUUCCACGGAAAACUUGUUAGUUCUCUAUUUCACAGCCCAAUGGCAUUUUUUGAUCAAACCCCAAUGGGACGAAUAAUGAAUCGUUUGAGUUAUGAUAUUGCUAGAAUUGAUGAAAAUAUUCCUUGGGCCACAUCUUAUGCAAUGAGCGUUUUUGCUGAAGCAUUGAAUUCAUUAAUUGCUAUUUGUGUGGUAAUUCCAGUUCUUGUAUUUGUUGUUGUACCCUUAUUAACACAUUUUUACAACGUUGCCUCUGUUCAUUUUCGUCGCUUAACAAGCAAAGCAGUUUCGUCUAAUUGUUCCUUCUUCCAAGAUUCUCAUACGGGCGCUGAUUCUAUUCGUGUUUUUAAUGUUGUUGAGCGAUUCCGUGACAAAAAUGUUUAUAUUUGUGAUUUUAUGAAUGAAAGUCUUAUUACAGAAAUUUACACUAACAGAUGGCUCCAAUCCCGGUUAGAUUUUAUAAGUGACUGUGCUAUUUUUAUUUGCGUUUUUGUCGCUAUUAUAAUGGCAGAUUAUAAAUGGAUAUCUCUCGGUGUUUUGGCUAUGGUUAUUAACAAUGGAUAUAUUUUUACUGGAUAUUUGGGACAAAUUGCUAGAGUUUGGCGUGAAUCUGAAGUUCAGAUGGUUUGCAUUGAAAGAGUUUCUGAAUAUAUUAAUAAUGAAAGAGAGCCAGAAUGGAAUACAAUAGAUGAAUCUAGAAAUUGGCCACCAUCUGGUGCUGGGCACCUUCAAUUUAAAGAUGUUUGUUUGCGUUAUAGAAACGAAUUGGAUUUGGUUUUAAACAAUGUUAGCUUUGAUGUUCGGGCGGGAGAAAAAGUUGGAAUUGUUGGACGUACUGGAGCUGGAAAAUCCUCACUAACUUUAGCACUCUUUCGAAUUGUUGAUCCCUGCUCUGGCAAGAUUUUAAUUAAUGGAAUUGAUAUUUGUACUUUGGGUUUGCAUGACUUACGUAGUUCGUUAACUAUAAUACCUCAGGAUCCUGUUCUUUUUUGUGGCACUCUUCGUUUAAAUUUGGAUCCAUUUGAUGAUUACACAGAUGCAUCUCUUUGGGAAGCUCUAGAAAAAGCACAUCUUGCAGAGACAAUACGUGAAAUUGAGGGAGGUUUAGAUUACAAAGUUGCUGAAAGUGGAGCUAAUUUAAGUGUUGGUCAACGUCAACUUGUUUGUAUGGCAAGAGCUGUUCUCAGACAAAAAACGUGUAUUUUGGUUCUAGAUGAAGCGACAGCGGCGAUUGAUCCAGAGACAGAUUCUCGCAUUCAACUAUCUAUACGCAGUCAUUUUAAAGAAUGCACGGUAUUAACAAUUGCUCAUCGUUUAAAUACAAUUAUUGAUUAUGAUCGUGUACUUGUAAUGGAUGCUGGUAGAGUGGCUGAAUUUGAUUCACCCAAUGCUCUAUUGAGGGAUUCUGAUUCUUUAUUCUUUAAAUUGGCAAAACAGGCGGGUAUAAGUCAAACUGAGAGGGAAGAAAUAUAA